GAGAAGUGAAAGCACAUCCCCUUUCUCGUUGUGGUUCUGAUACCCGUGAGUCCCCAUCGCCAGUAGUUCUCAGUCGACAAUCGUCGCUAGUCGUCACAAGUGAGUCAUGGGACACCAGGCUAGGGAAGGGAAGGUGGCACGGAGAUGCACCGUGACAUUGCCUCCAUCUCACGUGCCGAUUGCUGACCAGCAUCUUUGCCUCUCGGUGUGUGUCCUCGUGUGUGUGGUCAGAUAGAUCAGCCAUGACGGACUUCAGCCUGCAGAUGUUGAUAAAGGACAACCGGGAGGCCCAGGAGGCCAACAAGGCGGCCAAGGAGCUCGACGCCAGCAAGAUGGGCCGCUCUGGGUCGGACGCCUCGACCUCGAGUCAGGAGAGCCUGCCCAAGCCCCCGCCUGCCAGCGUGGUGCCCAACGGCAUCCCCGAGCCGCCACUCUGGGGCGCUUACCGGUCCAUCAAGGACAUGGUCUGGAAGAAACUAUUCACACCCAAGACGCUCACCGAGCCCGGCGCACAGAAGCCUGCUGCCGAGCCUGAGAAGGUCAGUCAGUCAGUCACCAAAGGAUAUCGUCUGUUGUCUUGACCUGGUCUCUCUGUGUGUGUGUGUCAGCAGCCUGUGUUCAACCCCGAGGUGCCGCCUGAGAAGGAGCAGCCUGCCGGGUGCAGCGGUGGCGUGCAUCUGCCGCAGCCGGGCCUCCACGACGCCCACGGCAAACCUGUGGGCGGCAUUACCUUCGAGCACAUCCGUGCCCGCGGCCGGUCCAUGUCUGAGGAGAUCCAGCACACGAGCGACGCCGUGAGCCCUCCGGCAUCGCCCACCCACACUGGCCCCCUGCCGCCGCCCGUGGCCGUCAAGACGCCCGAGUAUGACAUGUCCGGCCACAAGGUCUACCGAUACUGAGUGAGUGGCUGACACACACACACACACACGACCAAGUAGAGAGUUAGUGCGAGGGUUGAGGGGUGGGUGAGAGAGAGAGAGAUUGAUGUUAUGUGUUGAGAGGCGAGGAGAGGAGGGGAGAGGAGAGGAGAGGAGUGGAGGAGAGGGGAGAGCACCGCGGAUGGCUGAUGGUGUUUUCUGUGUGUACUGUCUGGCUGUCUGGCUGCCUGGCUGAGAGACUCUACUGAGUCGCUGAGUUGCGUUGCGUUGCGUUGUAUUGCGUUGUAUACCAGAAGUUUUUUGUGUGGAUGGUGGAUGGUGGAUUGGAUGUGCGGAAAAUCUAACAGACAGACAUGGGCGAGGUGGCGAUGCCUGUGUGGUGUGUGGCUGCCACUUGCAUUGCACACGCGUCUAGGAGGGAUGUGCUGCUGCUGCUGUUGUCUGCCCGCAUUCACAUGGAUGGAUGGAUGGAUGGACAUGUCUAUUUGUUGGCAUUUUUCCGACCGCAUUAAUUGCGGUGGCAGGCAGGCAGGCAGGCAGGCAUGUGUUGGUUGCGUGUGUGUGUGCAUGUACACUACACUAUCGUGUGGGAGCGUGGCGGUUCUGUGUCCGCGUGUACGGGCAUGGCAUGAGAGAGGCGAAAGAAGAGAGAGAGGCACACACUCCCUCGCUCUUCUUCCCCACCCAAUCCAAUCCAGGCGUCCCUACGCGCACAACCACCCAGGAGCUACCCAUAUACAGACAGACUGGAGGGAGGGAGGAGGGAGGGAGGGAGGGGGAACACUGAUUCAUUGAUCGACUGGCCGCGCCGCCUGCACACAGCAUACCUACAUUCAUACACACAGCACAUGUGUGCGUAAAGGGGGAGAGAGCUGAGUGGUGUGUGUGAUGUGCUGUUUGUUUUUCACCACAGCGGGCGGGGCGGCUGGCUGAAUUGGGAAAUAAAUAUAUAGCUGAAUGGCUGGAUGGCCGGAUGGGUAAGUGUAGCUGACACUGCGCCUGAGGGUAUUUUUGGUGCCAGCUGCACCUGUCGCGAUGGAUCGAUGAAUGCAUGGAUGGAUGGACGGAAGAUUAGCAUAAUGGUCGUCUCGUGAGUGGGUGGGUGAGGCUCAGACUGGUCCUUGAGCGGUUUGGUUGGAUCAGGCAAUUCACUGAGCCAGCCACUGCAUUUGGGGUCGUUCAAGAGCCGGCCUCAUCCACACACGCAGUGCUGCGAGCAUUCGUCUGUGUAUGUGUGUGUGCCUGUGCACGUGUGGACAGAUCCAAGAGAGAGACAGAAUGAGCGUCCGUGGAAGAAGUGAGGUUGCCCUGCCAUCCAUCCAUCCCCAAGCCUUGACUGCUUGUUCUCAUGCCCACCCGGAGUUUUUCUUUUUGCACUCUAUAGGCAGGGAAGGCCUGAUGGCUGAGUGAGUGAGUGAGCGACUGAGUGAGUGGAAUGGGGUCGGGGAGAGAUGGAGGGAGUUGGUGGGGAGACUCGUCCGAGCGAUUGUCUACACAGACA